UUGCUCGUUUGAAUUCGCGCCUUGGGAAUUGCCGCCACGGCAACACCUGAGGGAACAGGCCUGAUCGUUCUCCACCUCCUAAAAUGCCGCCACCACCAGCUUGAUUUUCAAUAUUACGAGACAGGCACCUUGGGCUACUGGGUUCUGCUUGUUGCAUGCCAGGAGCAAUCGCAGCCCAAGUUUCUCUGCCUAAUUCAUUUUCAACAGCAACAACGCUCGAAGAUAACGCCUCCCGUGCGUCGCUUUGCCGCCGCUUAUCUCUCCUAAGCGUCGCGACGACCUGGGAAGUCUGUCCCCAUGUCGGCUGUUUCCAGGCCCGCGGACCACAGCACCGGCUAUUCCGAGGGGACGACCCCAAUUAGGGCGGAGUUCCCGUCGUUUCCGUACGAGAAGCCGUACGACAUCCAGGUGCAGCUGAUGCGCGCCGUGUAUGCCGCCGUGGAACGCGGCCAGGUUGGCAUCAUGGAGAGCCCCACAGGUACAGGCAAGACCCUCAGUCUCAUCUGCAGCGUGCUCCAGUGGCUGCUGGACGAGCACCAGCGACAGGCCCAGCAUGCCGGCAAUAAAGAGGCGCAACCUGCUCUGCUAACUCCAUCCGUUACGCCUCUCCAAGCGACUACUAAAGACCGUGCCGGCCGCAAUCAGGACUCUGACGACUGCGAGCCCGACUGGUUGAGGGACUACGAGGGGGCCAAGGAGAGGGAGGAGGCUGCUAGGGUGUGCGCGCAGCGGCAGCAGCGGCUGGAGCGUCGCAGGCGGGAGAGAGAGGCUGCUAGCAAGGACGUGCUUGGGCCGGGCGGCAUUAGGUGGCAGCAUGUGCAGGUGCAGAGAGGCGGGCAAGAUUCUCAGGCUUGGUGGGGGCGAGGGGUGGCGGGGAAGGGGACUGGGCGAAAGAAGGGAGAUGAGGUGCAGGUCGGGGGGACUGGGGGAAAAGGGAGGGAGGAGGAGGAGGAAGAGCGGUUUUUGGUACCGGAAUGGGAGAGUGAUGAUGACGAUGAUGGUGGUGGCAAUGGGCGGGGACGGAGGAAGCGAAUUCGUGCCAGGGCAGCAGCAGGCGGCAGUGACAGCAGCAGUGACGACGACAGGGGUGGCGGUGCUGUUGGUGUGGCGCGCAUGGCAGGCACGGAUGGAGCAGAGGCCCUAGCAGAGGAGUCGCUGAAGGUGUUCUUCUGCAGCCGCACGCACUCCCAGCUGUCCCAGUUCGUCUCUGAGCUGCGCCGGACGCCCUUUGCCGACCAGCUAUUCACCGUGGCCCUCGCGUCGCGCAAGAACCUCUGCAUCAACCAGUCGGUGUUGAAGCUGGGCAGUGCGAGUGCCAUCAGCGAGCGCUGCUUGGAGUUGCAGCGUGCGGCGGCAGAGAGGAAGAGCAAGAAGAACCGACAAGCUCAGGACCCAGCAGCCAAGGGCCGGUCGCGUGCAUCCCCAUCUGCGUCCUCAUCCACGUGUGGCUGCCCCUACUGGGGCAAGCAGCAGCGGCAGCAACAGUUCCUGCAGCACCUCAUGGCAGCCCCACCGGCAGACAUAGAGGACCUUGGAAGACUGGGCUCACGCCUGGAGACCUGCCCAUAUUACGCGGCACGGGCAGCAGCACGGGCAGCAGACGUGGUGGUGCUACCGUACCAAUCCCUACUGCACAAGGGCGCUAGAGAAGCGCUGCUGGGGGCAGGGGACAAAGCAUCGACCACCAGCUGUGGAGGUGCAGGAGCAACAGGAGGAGCGGGAGGCGGUGACUAUUCCGCACGAAUAGAAGGGAGAUUAGCUUCAGCUGGUGCGACCCCCAGCAGCAGCAGCAGCAGCAGCAGCAGCAGCAGCAGUGGUGGGGCUUUAAGCAACAGCGUGGUGGUGGUAGACGAGGCUCACAAUCUCACGGACGCCCUUGCCGCCAUGCACAGCUGCCGCCUGUCGCUGCGCCAGGUGCACCUGGUGCAGGCGCAGCUGGCGGGGUACCUGGAGCGCUUCAGGUACCGCUUGGGCGCGGGGAACCGGCGCUACGUGCUGCAGCUGCAGGUGGUGGCGAAGGGCGUCGCUGCUGUGAUCGCUGGCGCCAAGCAGCCCCGCGUGCAGGGUAUAGACGAGUUUCUCUUCUCCCUGGAUGUGGACAACAUCAACCUCUUCAAGCUGCACCACUACGUGCAGGCAUCCAACAUCGCGCACAAGAUCAGCUCCUAUGGCGAGUCGGUCCUACUCAAGACAACACACAAUCCCAACACCACCACAACCGCCCCCUCCUCCUCCACCUCCACCCCUCAGCCGUCCCAGCACAGCGUGGGCGUGACUGCCUUCCGUGCCUUUGCCGAGUUCUUCUCCUCGCUCUGCAACGCCAACCAGGACGGCCGAGUGCUGCUGUCGCCCGCUCCCACCCCUUCCCAUCCUGCAAAUCAAAGUACUCCUACCAAUCACAGCAGCCACAGCACCCAGCGUGCCACUCAUAGCCAUGCCAGCGGGCGGGUUUCUGCCUCUAAAUCUCCCGCAGGGACCAGGGAAAGGGAGGGGGAGGGUGGUAUCGGGGGGGAGGAGGAGGAGCAAGGGGAGGAGGGUGGUGGAGGGGCAUUUGUCAAGUUCGUGAUGCUCAACACGGCACAGCAUAUGGAGGAAUUGCUGACAUCAGCGCGGGCCAUCAUCCUGGCAGGCGGCACCCUCCAGCCCCUGGACACCAUGCUGGACCAGCUGUUCCCCAUGCUGCCCACCCACCGCCUGAGCGUGUUCUCGUGCGGGCACAUCGUGCAGGGGGACAGCGUGCUGCCCCUCGCCAUCGCCAAGGGGCCCUCGGGGAAGGACCUCGACUUCACUUUCCAGUCACGCAGCGACCCAGGCCUGAUCGCAGAGCUCGGCCGCCUGCUUGUGAACGUGUGCACUGUGGUGCCGGGCGGCGUGGUCGUCUUUUUCCCCUCCUUCGGCUACCUGCAGGAGGUCCUCUCUGCGUGGCAGGCAGGCGCAGGGGGGGGCGUGCUCUCCAUGCUGCAGGCACGCAAGGGAGGCGUGUUCACAGAACCCAGGAGUGCAGCGGAGGUGGAGGCUGUACUAGGUCAGUACAGGAGGUGCAUCCAGGGGAGGGGGGACCAGAUCCAGAGUGGGGGUAUACAGGGUGGGGAUGUUAGAGAGAAAAGGCAGGGAGGGGAUGGCAGCAGCGGGAUUGAAUCGCAGCUGGCCAAUCGGGCAUCGCCACGUGGCGCGGUGCUGCUGUGUGUGGUGGGGGGGAAGAUGUCGGAAGGCAUUAAUUUCAGUGAUGAUAUGGGCAGAGCGGUGGUGGUGGUUGGCCAGCCGUUCCCCAGCCCCUCGGAUCCUGAGCUAAAUGAACGGAUGAGAUUUAUUGACAGGCUUGGGGGCAAUCAUAAUCGCACCAUCGGUGCUGCUGCAACUGCUGGAGGCGGCAGUGCUAAUGGCAGCAACAGCAGCAGCAUGGGGGGAAUGUCAGGAGUGGGGGAGUCACCUGGAGGGGAAGGAAUGCCUGCUGUGUCAGCGACUCUGCGGUCGUGUGGGUCUAAAGGACGGCAGCUGUACGAGGAUAUCUGUGCCAAGGCAGUCAACCAGUCCAUCGGACGAGCCAUUCGCCACAGCCGUGACUAUGCUGCCAUCCUUUUGGUGGACACCCGUUAUGCGCGCACGGAUGGCAAAGGAAUCACUGGGAAGCUGCCAAACUGGAUCAAACGCCAGCUGGUGGUUUGCAACGGAAGCUUUGGAGAAGUUCCGAGGAGAGUGCGACAGUUUUUCAAGCAAAAUGAAGAAUUCUGGAAAGAUAUGUAGGUUGUGUAUACAUAUUGUCUGCGAAGGUGACAAUUUUGUGGAGGUGGUUACAUUUGCAUAAAAAAACAGAGUGUACUAGUAGUCCAAAAUCGUUGCAUUGCUGUUGUGAUCAUUGUGAUCACUAUA